AUUAACCAGGAAGCCACCUUUUGUUUGGUUUUUCUUUCCUCUCUCUCGUAGUUGAAGAAACAAAAGAGAGAGAAAGAGAGAGAGAAGCAAAAGACCGUUUUGACCUCGUCAUCUCUUCCAAUCUUCUUCUUCUCCUCCUUCAGGUCUCUCGUCGGAUUCUCUGAUCUCUCCGCCAUGAACGAGAAAGCCAGCGUCUCUAAGGAGCUUAAUGCCAAGCAUAGAAAGAUUCUAGAGGGGCUUCUUAAACAUCCGGAGAACAGAGAAUGUGCUGACUGCAAAGCAAAAGGUCCUAGAUGGGCUAGUGUGAAUUUGGGAAUCUUUAUCUGCAUGCAAUGUUCUGGAAUUCACAGGAGUCUUGGGGUACACAUAUCGAAGGUUCGAUCUGCCACUCUGGACACAUGGCUCCCAGAGCAGGUUGCUUUUAUUCAGUCUAUGGGGAAUGAGAGAGCAAAUAGUUACUGGGAAGCUGAGCUACCUCCAAACUAUGACAGGGUUGGAAUUGAAAAUUUCAUAAGAGCAAAGUAUGAGGAGAAGAGAUGGAUUCCUAAAGGCGAAAAUGCUCGGUCACCCCCAAGAGUUGGACAGGAAGAAAAGUCUUAUUCUAAUUAUCAGACGCCUGCAGAAAGAACUGGACCUGGGUACAGACAUGGACACAGUAGCAGUUCUGAGAAUUUAUUUGAAAAAAAGACUGUCCAAGCACCUAGAAAUAGUACGUCUGGUACGAGGAUAAAUCUUCCUGUCCCUCCUCAAGGACCUGACCAGGUUACAGUGGUUUCAAAGCCACAACAGGUUAUUCGGAAAACAGCGCCAGCAGCUGCUCCUGUGGAGGCUAUGAAACAAGCUGCAAAUGCUGCUCCAGCAACAGAUCCUCCAAAAGUCGAUUAUGCAACUGACCUCUUCAACAUGCUGUCAAUGGAUGAUCCCAUUGAAAAUAGCUCGGAGGCAACUUCUGCUGAAGAUAAUGCCUGGGCUGGCUUCCAAUCGGCUGGACAUGUUCAAACGACAGAGAAAACUGGGACAGCAAAGCCUGCUGAGACCAGUUCUCCUCCAGUGAAUGGAACUGAGGAUUUAUUUAAAGACUUGCCUGCUCUAGCAACACCACAGCAGUCACAGAAAGAUGUCAAAGGCGAUAUCAUGAGCCUGUUUGAGAAGUCAAAUAUGGUGUCUCCUUUUGCCAUGCACCAGCAGCAAAUAGCCAUGCUUGCUCAUCAGCAAUCCCUUCUCAUGGCCGCGGCAUCUAAAUCUGCGGGCACGGAUCCAAAGGUUUCAAACACUAAUCCACAAGCUAUGCCUAAUGUUCUUAACUUGCCGACUACAAGUUGGCCAAACAUCGGCUACCAAAUCCCGGGCAUGAUGAUGCCACCAGCGGGCGGUCCGGCUGAGCUACAGAAACUUAUGCAGAACAUGGUCAUGAACGCGAACAUGAAUAUGAGACCAACAAUGCAACAGCCAGGGAACACACAGCAAUACCCGAUGCCCGGUUUCUAUGCGAUGGGUAAUGUUAACCCGCGAAAUGGUGCAACGCCAGCCGCAACGAGUAACCCUCAGUCAUCGACAUCGACGUCGGUUUCAACAACCCCAACCACUUCUUCUCAGUCAAGCAAAGAGUACGAUUUCUCCUCUCUGAUGGAAGGAAUGUUCGCGAAACAUUGACGACAGGCAAUGUUGCUUCUGGUUUGGUAUGGCGUGUUCACUGUUGUUCAGGAGGGACAUAAAAUUCAGAAACACCAGAGAAAGAAAGAAAGACAUCAUAUGCUUCUUCUGCAUUUGUCCUCUUUCCUGUCUUAUAUUUGAAAAAUGUAUACCUUUCGUUUUAGACAGGUUUCUGGCUCUGCAUAUCUUUUGAUUUUUUAGAUUUUAUUCUGAUAAAUAAAAAAAAAUCACUCAGAUUUGAUUUUGAUU